UAUACAAAUACAGAAAGUUUAACUUUCAAAGACAUUGAUGGGACAUUUAUUUUAAAUAUUCCAAAUAGUGAGUUUGUGAAUGAGGAGGAAAACUUAUUUCCCGUGUUGCAACGUGUCGAGUCAUGUAAAGAAACUGAUCAGGCCGUUCAGAAAAAAGAGACAACAUCUAAAAAUUCGGAAACUGAGAGUUUCGAAGAUUCCAGAGCUGAGAGCUCAAUAUCAGCACAAUCUGACACUGACAAUGAAAGCGAAUACUCAACAUCUGGUAAAAAAAAGGAGCAGAUCAAAGUCAAAUUAUGAACCAAACAAACGUUUAGCUUCUUUUAACGGCCUUGCUCACUUGAAAGAAUUGGAUCUUGAAACAUAUUUAAGGACUUAUGACCUAAAGUCAGAGGCAGCGGUGGAUAACUACAAGCUGAAAGGGACACUGAAUGAGAGAGAUCGAUCUUCAAUAACAAAUGCUGUAGUUCAAGAGAUGUUGAAAGUGAAUUAUGUACCAUCCCAGUUUGAAUAUGCAGAAAUUGUAAAGAAGAUCUGUGUUCUUUUUCCCUCUGAAGAUCCGGCUAUUUAUUACAUUCCUCCUGACACAACGCAUAGAAAUGCCCAGGGUAAACUACCAAAUAAAGUAAAAAAUAUUAAAUACAAUCUCCAAAAGAAGGACGCAGGAACCUUUCACUUCCCUUCUUCUUCAAUGCAAUGUGUCUCGGAGGCACUGGAAAGGACAAAAAUUACUAAGCCGGCUAAGCUAGAAGGAAGCAUUAAUAAAGAAGAUCCUGCCAUAAAAACUGCUAUCACAUGUCUGAGACAUGAAAGCCGGGAUUCUUGGCCUCAAUUGUUGGCGAAUUGAUCAGUGACGCAUGCCCUUAGACGUAAAAUCUUGUUGGAAACAAGACCAAGAGCUCAGUGUGAACCCAGUAAAGACCAACAAAAAGACAGCGAUGAAAAUGAAAAUGAUGAGAGUGAAGAUGAAGAAGAGCAACUCGUUGAUAUAUAUGUGAAAAAAUGGGAUGUCUUGAAGCUUCCCAAUGGGUACCUUUUAGUAAGUGUACUAUGAAGAAUUUUCUUGAUGAAUAAAAUAACAUAUAUUGUAAUAGACAUAUAUUGUAAUAGUUGUAAGAUUAUUUGUAUAAGUGAUUCAUGUAUCUUUUAUUUUAACACGUUGCAUAUUCCACUUGUCUACUUUGGCGUUUUGUAUUUUCUUUCCAUCUUUUUAGC